CUGCCACUCUAACAGUCAGUGCUCCCUCCACUACUGUCAGUAUUGCUGUAGGAGGAGAUGUGGGGUCAACAGUGACUGAUACGUUGAGAGCCUACACCACAUAUGAGGUGACUGUGAAUGCAGUCAGGGAUGUUAGAGGUACUAGUCGACCCAGUGAGACCAGGAGAGUUCUAACACCACAGACAAGUGCAGGAGAGGCUCCAGGGGAUGUGAGAGCAGAGGCUGAGAGCCCCACUGAGAUCUCUGUCCAGUGGAGUGGCCUCUCCAACUGUAGACUGGUCAAUGGUCCAAUCACUCAGUACAGAGUUCAGUUCACUGCAAACGGCAAGGCUGAGACUGUAGACCAAGUGCUAGGAGAUGGUGAAGACUGGAUGAGUGGAGGACGAGUUACACUGACUGGACUGACUUCCCUAACCAACUACUCUGUAUCAGUAGCAGCUGUGAAUGAGAAUGGAGAUGUUGGACUGUAUUCUGACCCUUUAACCGUACUAACUCUGCAAGCAAUGGUGGGGCUGGCAGUGACAUCCUAUAACGUAUCAGAGUCAGAUGAAGUGGUUGAGGUGUGCAUCAAUGCAAUUGGUACCACUUCUUCGUGUCCCAGCACCGAGUCUUUCCAUGUCACUCUCUCCACUAGUCAUCGAACUGCAGGUAGCUACCAAUACAUAAAGGACCCUAUAAGCAUGUCUCAACAACUUGGUAACGAGGUAGAAAGGCAAGAAAAGGCAAACAAGUCAACUACACCCAGGACAGCUCUUUCUUUUCAAGAGUUAUAGUACUCUCUCCACCAGUGAUCAAACUGCAGGUAGCAUUGAAGACCCUAUGAGAACCACCCAUUGAUAAUAGGCAAAUGACCAGACAAAGAUAUAGAGAUGGUGUUAUAUAGCUUUGUGGUCUUUGUUGUGCAAUGACACCUUGUCUCUUCCUGUUUGGUGCUUCGAGCUAUCCCUAUAUUAUACCCCUUCCAAUGACUUUCCACUUGCAUGCAUACUGGCUACCAGAUCAUGCAAAGUUUGUUCUAUACAGAGAGUCCAGCAGACUAUGUGGCAGUGGACCAAGUGCUGACGUUUGCUGCCUGUGAGAGCCAGCGUUGUGUGAAUGUGAGUCUGGCCAAUGACCUGGUCAGUGAACCGGAGGAGACCUUCUCUCUCAGUUUCACACGGUUUUCCAGAUCUCACAUCUCCAUCACCUCCGCCACUGGAGUGGUGGUUAUCACUGAUGACGAUGAUAGGCCAGCGGAGGUCAGUUUCCUCCCAGUGAACGCCACAGGAGUGAGAAUCUCCUGGAGUGGCAGUGUCCACCUCUCCACUUGCAUCCAGUACACCGUCUCUCUCUCCACCACUGGCAUUAUCAUUAGCCAAUACCACAGGGUCUACCCACCACGAACCACCUCAGAUGUUUUGGUUUUGGACGAUGACAUCACUCUUACAAAUGCAUAUGUGCAUAACUUCUCUUUGUAUUACAUCGCAAGAAAUGAUGUCACACUUGUUCAAGGACCUCCAAUCAAUGUACCCUUCGCUUUUGAUAAAACAUCUUUUCAAAUUCAGUUUGGACCCUUUCAACACUGUCUGGACUGGGGAUUGAAGAAAAUUGCUCGUAUUAUUGAGAAACAGCUUCAGGCUUACUUGAUUCAGAUAAUUCGUGAAGCUUGCAGUGACUGCUACAAAUUAACCCCAUCUUUCCUUAGACCAGGACUGUUUCUCUGCCACAGUAACCCCACCAAGGCCACCUACCGCUCCACCCUCGUUAACCCUUUCCCCACCACAAACUCCACCCACCUGGUGGGCAUUAUUCAGAGUUGGGUGUCCACGGGUCCGUCCCUCGUUCUAGACGGUCUGCUGGUGAAGGUGAGUUUGUCCUGCCCCACCUCUAUCUCCAGUCUCGAUGAAGAAGAGUGUGAGACUGGUACUGCACAUGACCCACAACUGGGGGACAGGAUUACUCAGACUCUCAAUGUCUGUGCCAUCAGAAAUCUUGGAGAGCAAGUCUGCAGGCUUGGUGGUUGCUAAUAUAUAGACACGGAAAACAACAGCUAGUAAUCUUGACCCUAUUGCUGUGGAAACUGACUGAAGUAAUUCAGUGUGUUAAUGAACCUUAUUUUCCGUGUAGAUGUGUGUCUAGUUAGAAAAUACAGUCUUCUCCAUUAGUG